AUGGCGCUACUGCAACCCAGCUUCAACGGGGCGCUGCUCGACAAGGACGACGACGACGACUCCGCGGGCAGCUACAAGUGCACCAAUGCGGCGGUGGCCAAGAUGAUGCGGCUAUGGAACUACAAGGACGGCUCCGGACUUGGCGCACAAGGCCAAGGCAUCAUCGUCCCAAUACAACCCGCCGUGCGUCGUCGUCGCAGGGCCGGCAUCGGCCACCGCGACAAGCCUUACGACAACGGCCUGCAGGUUGCGCCGCCGCUGUCGCCGGUGGAAGACGACUUAGACGAGUGCCGUGAGUGGGAGGCUGUCGUAGGAGCCCUGCGGCUGGAACGAGAGUGCCACGAGAAGACUCUGACGCUGCUGCGUGAGAUGAAGCUUCAUGGGGACAGCAGCGUGGAGACGGCGGACGCGCUGGCGGCCAUCGUCAAGUCCGGGGAGGUGCUCCAGGGGAAGCGCGCGCUAGGGGCGUGGAAGGCCGCGUUGCCCCCAUCCACCGUGCGCUACAUCGUCGACAAGGUUCUCUCGCCGAGGCUCGCCGUGGAAGCGCAACAGUGGCGCCCGUCGUGGGACCCGGAGUGCGACGAUUGGCUACGCCCCUGGAUCCCUCUGAUCGGCCACCUGCCGGAGAGCCUCUACGACGUCGUGGAGAGCAAGAUCAGCAGCGCCGGCCACGACAUCGUCCGGCCGUGGAAAGACUACUUCGACCCGGCGCACUGGGAACUCUUCGCCAGGCGCCACGUCCUGCCUGAGCUGACACGGCUGAUGCGGGAGCUGAGGAUGACGCCCCCAAAGCAGACGGACAGCUCGUUGCACAUGGCGAUGCUGUGGGCGCCGCUCCUGCACGCCGAAGACGUGCUAUCGAUCUUGGAAGAAACGGAGUUCUUCGACAAAUGGGAGAGCGCGCUGCGCCACUGGCUGCAAUCCGCGAAGCCGUCGUACGGGGAGGCCGUCGCAUGGUGCACCGGCUGGAAGAAGCUCUUCACCCCGGAGCUGCUCGCCGACGAGCACGUGCUCGCGCGUCUGGACGCCGGCGCUGCCAUGGUGGAUCAAGAAACGCAAGACCUCGACAGCCUUCUUGGGUAUAGUUGGUAG